AUGAGUAAAGAUAGAAAAAAAGAUCCCCACGAACAUGCACCAUGGGCAGAUGUUUCGUAUAGACGACUAGCACGUCAAGCGCAAAGCCACGAAGGUCGACAUGAAAAUAAUACUUCUGCAACGAUCAAGAUCGAUCGUGAAUUGGAUGUGACCGAUUUCCUAACAGAAAUUGAUUCUAUUCGAUUGCUUAUUGAUAAACUUGAUGAAGUUGUACAAAGUAUUAAAAAAGUUCAAAUGGAUAUGCUCCAAUCAACUGAAAAUUCUAAAUUCGGCAAAGAUCUUGAUACUAAAAAUGACGAAAUAAAAAAAUUAUCCUAUCAAGUUUCUACAAUGCUGAGAAAAAUGGAACAAGCAAACGAUACUCAUGAUAAACAGAGUGCUCAAGGGCGUAUCAGAGAAUCUCAAAUAUUUGUACUAACUAGACGACUUCGUGAAGUUAUGAUUCAACAUAAUCUCAAUACUGUUGCACAUCGUGAACGAUGUAAAAAAAUUAUUGUACACGAACUAAAUUUGUCCGGGCAAGGAAAAACCAAUGACGAAUUAGAACAAAUACUGGAAAGUGGUAUUGCUGGAGGAUUUAGUUAUUCUUUAAUGUUGGAUACUCACCAAGCCAAACUAACACUAAAUGCAAUUGAAGCACGUCAACGAGAUAUAAUUAAGCUUGAAAAUUGCAUAAAAGAAUUGCACAACAUGUUUCUUGAUUUAGCUACGCUUGUUACAGAUCAGGGUGAAAUGAUCGAUUGCAUUGAACAUAAUGUAUCAAAAGCAAUAGAUUACGUUGAAGUUGCCCACGAAAACGUAAAUAUUGCCGAACAAAAUAAAAGAAAAGCUAAUAAAAAAAAAAUUAUAAUUAUAAUUAUUCUCUUCGCAAUUUUUCUUGUUAUUCUUGUUACUAUAUUUAUCAGUUAUUUCGCACAAAAAAAAUUCGAAGGAAGAUAA